GAAAAUGAUUGACUGCAGAUGAGAGUCGAGAAAGCAAGGGAGGGAAACUAGAAGACAACGCUUCAAGAGGGGAUACACUAGUACCUGUUACAGAGACUAGCUGCUAACUGACAAAAAACUUUUUUACGAAAUGUCGGAGUCUUCCUUGCUUUUCAACGUCUUACUGUUCCUCGCAGGGUCAGUGACGUACUCGCUGCUCAGUUUCCUUCCAAACCUUGCGAAACUAGGCCAGAAGCAGAUAGCCUUUGAUGCAGCGAGCGUCGUCUUCUUCGCAGAACUGGCGAAGCUGUUCCUCAGUUUGGGGUUCUUGUACAGGGAAGAAUUGAGUAACUCUUCGGACGAGAAGUCAGCAGCCGGUGAUGCUGAAAAAAGCAAGAUGAAGAAUGCCUCAAAACCAUCAGCCAACAAGAACACGCUUGCGGCGUUUUCUCGUCUCCUCUUCCAACGCCUGGCAACGAGAAGGAUGGGCGAAGAAAUCCUAGGCUUCAUGAUUCCUGCGAUCCUGUACGCGAUAAACAACAACCUGGACACGCUCUUGUGCAGCCAUAUGGACGGCGUAACUCAACAGGUCUUACUACAAAACAAAAUCAUGGUGACAUCUGUGCUAUACUGGGUUGUCUUCCGCAGAGUCCUAGAUUUCAGGCAAUGGUUUGCGCUUGGUAUACUGACUUGCGGAAGCGCGAUUGCAGUCGCAGGAAACGAUGCAGCAAGACUAUUGGUCUUUUACGCUGGGUCAGCGUCCUCAAAACUGUCAGGCAGCCUCGCUGAUGAAGAGCUAGUAGUUGUAGCAGAUUCUGGAGCAAGUGGAAUUUUCAGGGGUAUCACUGGAGGAGCCAUGAGUACUAGCUCUUCAACCACGACAACAACAUUUUGUACAACUCGCGGGCUCAUGCUCACCCUUGUGUACUGCAUCUGCAGUGCUAGCGCAAGCAUCUAUUGCGAGUACGUCUAUACAAGAGAUGCAGGGCAAAGCGUUCAUGUUGCUUCGGUAGCAAUGUACACGGGAGGAUUGUUGGUGAAUUACUCUUAUGGCAAGUAUAUGAACAUUCUUAUUAUACCCACUAAAAUAAUUACACCAUGCCUCUUCUAAUCCCCCAUACUUUGUCACGCCUCUUCUAAUGGCCAAUGUUUUGUCACUCUGCGGGAAGAAUUCAAGGCAUCGGCUUUGACGGAUGGAACAUUUUUACCGUCUUCGAUUGCUGUAACAAGGCUUUGCUUGGACUGACUCUGGGAUACGUAAUGCGGUAUCUGGGAAACUUGCACAAGCUGUUCAUGUUCGGUGCGAGCAUGUUCGUCUUAUGAGAAAUUUCGAUACUUUUUAGGCUCCCUUUAACGAUAUUCAUCGGAAUUACUAUUAGUUCGUUGAUGGUUUCCAACUGUGGUACACACAUUAGACCCGCUUCUGGCGCCGACUUUGUUUUUGUUCUCUUCUCUAAUUUCCUCUGCCUUCCUCGGUAUGCUCUCCAAGCGCUUGCUACCAGACCACACAGGCGUCCACUGGGAGCCGGCCGGGGGAAAAAUCGUAGGAAUGAUGCUCGUUGUCUGCAGUCUCCUCCUCUUCAAUUGGAAAGAUUUGAGACAGGUGCUCUUUGCAGGUCGUAGUAGGACUUCGGGAAAAGUAGGUAAGAGUAACACUGCAGAAACUGAGGCAAUGACCUCUACCACGCAGGAUAAAGGAAAAAGGUCACAAAGCAGAUCAAGGAGUAGGACGCGGAGUAGACAGACAUCCUUCUCGCCAAGGAAAUUACGUCAAAGAUCGCGGACAGAUAAAAAUAAAGGCGUCAUCGGCAAGAAAGAGAGAUCAUAAUGUGAAAAGGACGCAUAAACCAAAACCUCAACAGGCAUGUUUGUUCCAAUUUUUUACUGGCAUGCAUAGGAGACAAACACGAGUGCCUCACCUGUGCGACCACUUGUUCUGUUGCCCCGCGACUUGCGAUG